AUGGCCUCCAAGUGCGAACAAGAGCAGCAGCAGCAGCAGCAGCAGCAGGGUUCAGUCACAACGCGACAAAGUUGCUUUCCUCAGUUCCCAUGCCUGCCACCUGAGAUCCGUCAUCAUGUUUGGCGACAGGCGCUCUGCGAAUGGGCAGUCUGGUACACAUCGCACCCGCACGUCAAUCUCCAGGCGAGUGGCCUGCGCAUACGUAUGAAGCCCGUCGGCGUAGCACCUUACAAGGCUGGUCUCGCUUGCCAAGAAUCGCGCCAUCUGAUGAAAAAGCUAUACACAAAGCUGCUGGCAGGCAGUGGUGCCUCUGCGGCAUCACCCUCGGCCGUGUACUGGCUAAUACCGGACCGGACCAUCGUGUAUAUGGGCUGCACCGCACGCGCCACCGACUUCCUCGACGUCAUCCACGCUCACCAGAGCCUGCCGCUGAGGCAUCUGGUGCUGCAUUGGAAUGACCUGGUGGACUUGACUCGCUUCAGCCAUAGUCUCGUCUAUCAAUGUCCAGACCUUCAGACUUUUACCGUCCACGCCACCGACAGAGAGACAACGCCGGAUCUGUGUCGGUGCGAUUCUCCUCUCAGCCAGCACCUCGCGGAUUGGUACACAGUUAUUGCAGCUUGGGAGGAUGAGACGCUGCCGUAUUUGGAGCACCCAGAAUCAGAUAUGCUGCAUUGGAGCGUCGGAGAAUACUUUGGCGACCGGGAUGAAGACACGAUGGGGCCAAGAUUACAUUUUCUUCCAUCCGAGCUACAUGCAUCGGCAGUGCUGGAACGUGUGCAUGGUGAAUAG